UGUAAAUAAUCUAUAUUCUGAACACAGACGAUCUGAAGCAGCGUCACACUCUUCUGCUGGAGACUGGACUUUAGAGAAAUGAUGCUGAUCUUUGGACUGAUGCUGCUGCUGCAAACUGCUGCAUUGAUGUAGUUUCCUGGUGUGUCAGUAGAGCUGCUGUCUGUCUGUCAGUGAAGACGCUGUGUGAGACUCGAUCUGACACUCUUCUGCUGGGAUUGAGCUCUUCUCUUCUGGAAACUGGACUUUAGAGAAAUGAUGCUGAUCUUUGGACUGAUGCUGCUGCUGCAAACUGCUGCAUGUCUGGAGGUAAACUGCAGUUUUGAUAGAUCUGAUCCCUGUUACGCAGCUCUGGAACACAAACUCAAUCUGCUGAUGGUGGACGCUAGAGAAUAUGAUCUGCAUUUAAAAAAGAGAAUAAACAACAACACAGCAGAUGGUCCAGUUUGUAGAAUAAAGAAUGGCAGGAUGAGGAUGAGUGAAUGUGAUCUUUAUAAUAACAGACCUGAAGUGACAGUCAUUAAUGGGACUCUGAUAAUAAAGCGUGUGAACAGAUCAGAUUCUGGGGAUUACAGAUUAACACUCUAUAACUCAAACGGCACAGUAACAUCUAGAGAUCUUCAAGUGAUUGUUGAAGCUGCUAUUGGCUCAGUGGAAGUGUCAAUCAUCUGCUUCUCCAGUGGGGUGAUGAGGGUGUCCUGCUCCUCUGAGGGGGAUCAGCUCCUCUACAACUGGACUCUGAAUGGAGGUCCACUGAUGGAUGGAAACAGCAGCAUUGAUCUGGAUGAGAGAACUGAUGGAGACAUCAGCUGCAGCGUGAAGAACCACGUCAGUCAUGCACAGAAGACCAUUAGACUAGUCUGUCCUACUGUGUGUUCAGUGUCUGUGGUGUUUGUUCUGGUCUGGUGUCUUCAGCUGAUGGUUCUGUUCGGUCUGUUAGGAGCUUUUCACAUCUACAUGAGACACACGUCAGGAAAGAAAGAGGAAGAUGAGAAAGUGAGAAUGAGAAGAUUUAGAGAGAGACAUGAACACACAGCAGAAGAUUCAUGAGAGCAGCAGCAGAUCUUCACAUCUGUGAGAAAUGACUUCAGAAUCAGUCCAGCUUUCACCUGUCAACAACAGAUCUUAUAUAAAACCAAGAGAUUCAUUAAACCAGGAGAUGAAUUAACCAGGUAUUCUACAGUUUUAGUUACGAAGAUCAUUUUCUGCACAGCUGUGUUUUGUAAUAGUUUUGUUGCUUAUUUUAUUCAUUUGUAUUUUUAUGUCAUUAUAUGAAUCUCCUUCUGUUCAUCCGUGACCAAACUCUUUUAUUUCUCUGAAUCAGAUCUGUCAGAUUGUGAACUCUUUUUUUACUUUUAACGUUUAACCACAUUUAUGCAUUUUUCUUCACAAUAUAUUUGUGUCAUCAUAGAAUAAUGAUAAACGUCAUUCUUUAGAAACUGUAAUUGAGGUCUUUGCUGAAUUUGUUAUGCUUAACUUUGUUUAAAAUAAAAUGCUUUGAAAUGAAACCAUUUGCAGUCAA